UGUUGUGAAAAAUAUUUUGCAAUAACAGACAAUGCUUGAUACUGGUAUAAGCGCGUUACUACCCACAAUUCCUUGUCGGCGGGGACACGCAUGCGUACUUUAUUUUUCAGUUGUAACUCGAAAAUGGCGUCAGCCAAAUCUCUAGAGGAAAUGCUAACCACAGAUGUGGACGAGUCAGUAGUAAGCGAAUUAGUAGGGUCUUUAGAGUCACAACUCUCAUCUUCUGGGAUUCAUGCUCCAAAUCAGGAACUCAGCGUCAGUUCAGCAACCACGAAUCACGUCAAUAGUGUGCCAGUUUCGGACGGUCUCCAGCGCCUGCAGCACGACGGACAAAAACACGGUGUGGCUGCAGCGCUUGCAAAUUCAUGCCCAAGCAUCGUGGUGUCGAGCUUUGGAAAGACGAUCGCGACCACGUCUCACAUUGUUGGCGUUAGUAGUUGCGCUUCUUCUCCUGCCAGUUCCACGAACACUGUGAUGGUGACUUUGCCUGGCGCUCUCCCAGCUAGCGGCUACAUAAACCAAGUUACUGGCACGACGCAGCAGGCUUUGCUGAACACAUCGCUUGUGCGCCCGAUCAGCAACUCGGACAUAAAGAUUGUGUAUUCACCACAGGGCCACUUUAACGCGGCUAAUCUGGCUGCCGUCAAUAACGCUGUUAUCCAGCAACGGGGAAAUGUGAAAAUACAGGGUGUCCCGAACGGAAGCACCGCUAUCCGUUCCAGCCCGCAUACGCCCGCCACAACUCCUGGCCUUAGUGCCAUCCACAAUCUGGCGAACGUGGCUUCGCAGCAGACGCCUCUCAUCAUCAGCCAACCGGCCAAACCGCGCAUCGUCGUCGACCCGAAGGAUCCGAAGGCCGCAUUCAAGCCACAGAUCCUCAUCAAGCAGGAGCCGCCGGCUGCAUCGGUUGGCCAAGAGUUUCUGCGCUGUUCGUCACCUGCUGCGGGCGUCAUUCAGGCGUCAAAGGCCGGCCCGCAGCCCGUUAGCGUUGUCACGCAGGUUGUGUCCAGUCCUAGCAUCCUACCGCCUGGUGUGCAGAUCGUCAACGUGAACCCUGGCCGGCCCGGAGCGCCAGGCGUCGUCGGCCAGAAGACGCUGGCGCCCCGGGUUGUCAUCGGCAGUCCUGUGCGGUUGGCUCCACAGAUGCUGGCUGCCCGUCCAGGAGCUCCGUCCGUUCAGAGAUACCGCUACCAUAGGCCUCCUGAACAUGACUGUCUUACGUCCCAAAGAUGUCCAUUAAGGAACACGAUCACACUUCAACCAGGCAUGAUGCGUGGCACCCUGCUUGUGAAAACAGAAAACGGGCAACUGCAGGUCGUCAACGUGGCCCCCAGCCUGCCUCCGAACUCUUCAGCUGCAAGUAUGUCAGGAGCACCGACUUACCGGCUGCAGUCUGUACAGAAUUGCAGACACCAAACUCCUCUAGUUCGUCGUGCUCCUAUUCAUGAGCACAUGAAACAGGCAUGGCCGCAUCUUCCGAACCUUGGGACCCAACCUGUGCAGCAGCUUCAAGGCAGAAAAACAAAUGCAACGCCAAUGGUGGGUACAGUCCUGCAGCAGACUCAGCCAAGUAUCAACAUUGUGCCUACAGUGCCCAGUAGCACCCCUAUCCAAACAUUGGGGCAGCCACUGGCACAGCAGACUGUCACAGUUAAGGUGGCAGCCACUACUACUACAGCUUCUGUUACGCAGCCUCUCACCAUUCAAACAACUGUUGCUAACAGCCAGUCUGCUGCUACAACGCCGUCUCAGAUGUCACCAAACACUGCCAAGAAAAAAUGCAAGAAUUUUCUGUCCACUUUGAUACGGCUCGCUAGCGAUCAGCCGGAACAAGUUGCCUCCAAUGUCAAGGGUCUCAUCCAGGGGCUCAUUGAUGGAACGAUUCAGCCUGAAGACUUCACAAAUCAGCUUCAAAAGGAGCUAAAUUCUUCACCACAGCCAUGCCUUGUACCUUUUCUAAAAAAAAGCCUUCCAUACCUGCGACACUCUCUUAUGACGAAAGAGCUCACCAUCGAAGGAGUGCGGCCGCCACCACAGGGUGCAGUUACGCUGCCGUCAACACCUACCAUUAUUCCGAAUAUCCAGCAAGUGGCUGGAGUGGCGCGGCCAGCGGUACCUCAUGCGACGACACAGGUGCGGGUGAUGACGCCAACAACAGGUGGCCUGGCAGCACAGCUGGCUAACACAGCAAACAUCCAGGGUGUCCUGGCACAACACCAGAGGCUGGUCACGGGCUGCUCCAAAACUUCCUUGGCCGCUACCAUCCCUGUUUCUUUCAAUCAUCCACGACCAGCAACAACAGUUGUAGCUCCUGGUACGAAAAGUUUGUUGGUGGCCAAGACAAGCAACUUGACUGCAGCUUUGUCACCAGCCACAGUUGGAGCAUUGCAGACCAAGGUGGCCACACCUGUACCAGCUAGGACACCUGUCACUGCCCUUAAAGAAAAACGUACCUACUCUUCACUCAGAGACGAUGAUGACAUCAACGAUGUGGCAGCUAUGGGUGGUGUCAACCUUGUUGAAGAGAGCCAGAGAAUUCUUGCCUCUAAUGCUGAGAUUGUUGGAACACAGAUAAGGUCCUGUAAGGAUGAGAACUUCCUCUUCACGAACCCUUUGCAAAGGAGGAUCACAAGCAUAGCUGUCAAAUACGGCAUUGAAGAAAUCCCAUCAGACGUUGUUGCCCUAAUUUCCCAUGCCACACAAGAACGGUUAAAAACGCUUGUGCAGAAGCUGGGUAUUGUGGCUGAGCAUCGUCUUGAAAACAUCAAGACUGAUUCUCGAUAUGAAGUGACUCAGGACGUUAAAGCACAGCUCAAAUUUCUUGAAGAAUUGGACAGGUUAGAGAAGAAAAGGCACGAAGAGCAGGAGAGGGAGAUUUUGCUUAGGGCUGCAAAGAGUCGAUCAAAAAUGGAGGAUCCAGAACAGCUCAAGCUAAAGCAGAAGGCAAAGGAGAUGCAAAAGGCAGAAAUGGAGGAGAUGCGGCAAAGAGAGGCGAAUAUGACGGCCCUUUUGGCCAUUGGUCCGCGAAAGAAGCUGAAGACAGAAAAUAGUGGAAAUGCAGGGGCUGGCCUUGGCACUGGUUCUGGCCUCAGCAACUCAUUCUCAAAACUUCCAAUGCGGCCAAGAGUGAAACGAGUCAACCUGAAAGACAUAUUGUUCCUCAUGGAGCAAGAGCGUGACAGCAUACACAGUACACUGCUGUAUAAAUCCUAUCUCAAAUAGAAAGUGGCAAACAUGCAAUUGCACCUUGGACACACAAGUGGCUUUCUACCUAGAAACCACCAGCUCUCAGUGGACCGAGUGCGCACUUCUAAAAGUUUCAUCCACUGCCCACCCUGAUAUGUUGACUUGUGCCAGCCAUGUCUCCAUUGCUGCCUGUUUAGCAGUGCACUUUGUUGGUUUAUACAUUGUUCUUUUACUUUCUUGUUGUAAGGUCUAGAUUUUGUGCAAAAAACAAAGUGGGAUGAGCUCUGCAACAAGCUGCAUUUCAAAAACAGUGUUACAUGUUCUCUAAGGUGAAUUUGUUUUGUCUUGCACAAAUGCAGGGUAAAAUGUAUUAAAUUUAUUUUUAAUCUGACUAAAAUGAUUCUUAACUGUAGCAUAUGUGAGUCUUUUGGUCUUUCAAAGGUUUGUGCCAUGGUCUUCCAUGUUUUGAUUAGCUAAUUGGCAGAUUUGUGCAUCACUGAAAUGCUGUCUUCUGUGUGCUGUCAAGGCUGCAUCUGGCAAGAAGCAUACUUUUUUUUUUCCAUUUGUAUGCACUGUCAUGGUAAGCUAAAGAAAUUUUUACAUUAGCCUGUGUCUGCAAAAUGUGUCUUCUGUUAAUUGCAGAGUUCUCCCCGUCUACUUAUAAAUACUUGUUAUUCUUUAUCUUCUUUCUCCUGUCCCACACGUUGUAUAUAUGUUUAUAUUGCAAAUAGUACUAUCUUUAUAUGUACAAGGUUUUUGUUUUUUUUUCACCAUGUAUAGGUUAUUCUUUGUUUUACACAGGAGUCUUUUGUGCUGUCAUAACUUCUGUGAUAUAAUGUAUAAAUUUCUGAUGCAUGAGCAAAAGAAAGAAAUGAGGCUUUGCAAAAUUGUUGAGUGUGGAACUGUUUUUAAACUGAUGCAACUGUCAACUCCAUGCAGUGGUAUGUAGAUGGUAUCAUGCCUUUUUUCUCAUGCCUUUUUUAUGACCGCUUCACAACCACCCAGUCUCUUGUUUAUUUCACAUUGGGUGCUGUUCAGAAGUUAUUGCAUUGGUGCAGUGUCUGCUGACCAUGUCAAGCUUUUCCCAUCUGCAAACGAACUGUAAUGAAUACUACUUGUAAAUAUCAUUCUUAUGCUCUGUCAAAACAUAAUGUGCACUGUAUAUGUAAGUACGCCACAUGCAUAAAGCAAGAGCUUUUUGUUUUAGUUCACAAACACAUCAUGUUAACCUUUGAUACCAGAUAGUUAGCUUAUAUUUCAUAGUUGCUUGUAAAUUACGAAGAAAUAACCAUAUGUAUGCACAUGUUUCAAGAGAUAUUUAAUAAGAUUUUAUUGUUGAGGGGACACGGUCCUUGAAGGAAUUUGUAAUUACUGUGUGUUUUCGAACUGUAAUGUAAUUGCAAUGGGACUUUUUUAUGCUAAAGUCGUUGCUGCAUAAAGAAUGAGCAUGGUACA